CGCGCGCUCGCACUGUUCAACCACUCUUCGAACUGCUCACAUUGCCUAUAGCUGCUCCACGCUAUAAGUCGCCUAUACUUAUAACUCUCGUCUCCUGCGCAGCGCUUGCCGGAUCCGUAUCGUCUCAUCUCUCCAAUUCUACUGAGUUUCGUGCUCAACUCAUCAGCGAUUUUCACUGCGGCUUUGGUUCAACAGAGAGGGAAUCAAUAUCGUCAUGCUUGUCGAUCCAAUAGAAACUUGUCCUUACAAUCGCGUCCACAGGGUCAGGAAAUCCUGUAUGCCAUAUCAUUUACGCAAAUGCCUUCAGAAUCCAGACAAUCAAAAAAAGCUACUAACCUGCCCUUUCGAUGCUCGCCAUCACGUGCAUCCUCUUGAAUUUCAAUGCCAUAUCGCUAAUUGUCCAGCAAGAGAAAGCGUGAUUCAGUACAAGUUGAUAAAUUAUGACGAUCACGCCUACAAUAAUAUAUUACCAAUCGAAACAGAAUCAAUUGCCUGUUCAGAUGAAAACUGGGAUACAGAACCUGAAGUAAAAAGUUAUAAUCCUGAAAAAAUCAUUCAAAAUCGAGCAAUUGUACGCCAGUCAAUAGGUCUAACCAAAUCUAGAAAAAGGGAAUUUAAAUAUAAUGAGAGACGAAGAAUUCAACAAUUGGAAGCAAAUAAUGAAAGUCAGGCAAAAAUGACUGCACAAGUCCCAGAAGCAGAUGAUAAUAAUAAUGAAUACAAACCUUUACGUCGUCCGAAAAAGCUGUCUGAUACACUGAACUCAUCUGCAUUAUCAUUAAACAGUUCAAUUGGCCCAGCUGCAGGAGAGAAGUCUACACAGCAGAAAAAGCCAAUGCAUCAAAAUCAAGCAAAAGCAAACACUUCAGAAGAGUUAAAUGUAAUAAAUGAGCGAGAAGAAAAAAUUCCUGGAAAAGCUCAAAAAGAAAAUGCUAAUGGCAAUGAACAUAAACCCUUACGUCGUCCGAAAAUGCUUUCGAAUGAUACGUUGAACAUGACUGCUUUAUCAUUAAAUUGUUCAGUUUCUUCAAUUGCAAGUGAGAAAUCUACGCUGCAGAAUAAGCCCACUUCAGCUAAUGCAGGUGCUUUAUGGGCUUUGCCAAAAUAUACUCAAAAGGCCAAUACAUCUGCCCCGAGUAGUUAUGCAGCUGCAUUGUCCAGAAAUGCCAGUAAAAAGUCAGAUAAUUUUAAUCCAAUCUCCGAGAAUGAACGUUAUGAAUAUAACAAGGAAAACACUAUAAACAACUCCUCUUUCUGGGGACAUAAUAGUUUAAGUAAAAAAAUGUCAAAAACGGUUGAAGGAAUUAUUAAGGACGAUGCAGUACACGAGAAGAAAACUGAACUGUUGAAUCAACAGAUGGAAGAGUUAUCAAUUUUUAAGAAGAACUCAAAAGCAGACAAGAAAAUUGUGAAAAGUGCUUCUAAUUUUCCGGCAUCAAAGUAAUAUUUAGUACGACUUCCAAGUAUUGAUAGACAGAAAUUUUCAUUUUUAAUUAUAGUAUGUAAGUUGCUUUUAUUAAACUACGAUUUCCACUAGAAAGAUUAAUUUUUAAAAUAAGAUGUUUGUUUGUCUAAUAAGAAUCAUUAAGAGGAUCGUAUAAUUAUUUGUUUUAUGUAGGAAUUAUAAACUAUGAAAACAGCUUAAGGUUUUCAAAACUAGAAUUUAGUUUACAUGUGUUACCAAGCUGUACCAAAACAUAAGCAAGUUAUUUGCUUAUGAAAGUAUGUGACACGAAAUUUUAUGUUUGAUUAAAAUAUGAUAGACUACACAUAAUUAGUAAUUGCAAUGUGUAAAUAAAUUCUAUCAAAUAAGCUAUUGUAAUGAACUGAAAUAUGACUUGAAAAAAAAUGAAAUUGUAUUACAUGUAGCACUAAGAAAGAAAUCUCAAACUCGCAUUAAACAUAAGGAGCACAUAUAUUUGUAUUACAAAAAGUUUUAUAUACAAUUUGCAAAUAGAAUAAAUUCACAAUUUUAAUGAUGUA